AUGGCACAAGGCGUGGUAUUCGCCGUUCUAUGCAAAAUUGGAUCCGUCUUAGCAUCGUCUGCAAGCAUAACAUUAGGUGGACGUUUUGACGCAAACUUGACAAUAAUAAAUGAGAUCGAGAAUCGAAUAAAGCAGAUUGAGGUUGAGCUCAAGUUGAUGCAAGCAUUCCUGCGCCAAGCACAAAAGCAAGAAGGCUAUAGCGAACCCACUGAAGUAUACUUGCAGGAAGUAAGAAAAGCAGCUUUUGAAAUCGAGGAUAUCAUUGAUGAGUUUCUUUACCUGUCUGUUAAGCACAAGAGCAGGUUCUUUAAUGGGGAGUUCUUGAGUUACUUCCGUAAACUUGGGAAAACUUCUUGGCACAAGAUUGCUGGAGACCUGAAGGAUUUGCAAUGUCACCUUCAGAAUCUCCAGAAUUUGCGGGUGCAGUAUGAGAUUCAGCUGCCAAAUGGCGGUAGAGUUUCAACCGACAAGGAAGAUCACCGACUUCCUCAUCAUCUUUCUUACUACCUAGCUGAUAAGAUGGUGGGUGUUGAACAAGAAAAAACAAUGAUAAUCAGAUGGUUAAGUGCGACAACAAGAUUGACAUCGGUUAUCGCAGUCUGGGGCAUGGGAGGAUCUGGGAAGACCACUCUUGUCAACAUCAUCUAUGAAGAUGAGAGAAUCAAGAACCGGUUUGAUUGCCAUGUUUGGAUCACAGUGUCUCAGAAGUUCAAUGCCUCUGACAUCAUGAGGAAGAUGGUACGGCACAUCUUGCAAAGCCGGUGCCCAUCCAACAUUGAUAGCAUAGAUGGUAGGGAUCUGGUAGAAAUUCUGAAGAGAACAUUAGAACAAAGAAAAAUUUUGCUUGUACUAGAUGAUGUGUGGUGCACAGAUGUUUGGAUGGAUCUAGCAGGCACGGUAGGAAGCAGCAGCAAUGAAAACAAGGUCAUAAUAACGACCCGGAUCAAAGAAGUUGCCUCCUUAGCAAGCGAAGAUCAGGUUCUUGAGCUGAAAAAGCUAAAUGAGGCAGACUCUUGGUGUCUCUUUUGCAGGUGGGCAUUCAAGAACAACAUGGAUAGAGCUUGUCCUCCAGAACUAGAGCCAUUGGGGAGAGAGAUUGUGGGCAAGUGUGAUGGUUUGCCAUUAGCAGUUGUGGUCGUGGGCAACAUGCUCUCAUUCAAGAAACAAGAUACCGAAGAGUGGAGUAAGUGUGAUGAUCAGAUAACCUGGGAAUUGCGCGACAGAUUGCGUGACCAGGAAUUGAGUUCGGUGAUGAAGAUUCUGAAGCUGAGUUAUAAACACUUACCAAGCCACCUAAAGAAUGCCUUUGUGUUCUGCAGCAUCUUUCCAGAGGAUUACAUGAUAACAAAGAAAAGGCUGGUCAGACUAUGGGUUGCAGAGGAUCUAAUUAAACCAGAAAAGAGAAGAACAGUAGAAGAAAUCGCUGAGGAGUACCUGAAUGAGCUGAUAGACCGAUGCAUGCUACAGGUUGUUGAGAGGAAGCACUUCAGAAAGGUGAAGGAAUUCCAAAUGCAUGACAUUGUGAGGGAGCUGGCCAUUUCCAUAUCAGAGAAGGAGACCUUCUGCAUGACACAGCCUGACCCUUCUCGACUUCGUUCGCUCUACCAUUUCGAUGUUACUUGUUCUUGUUUUCCAUCUGUGGGGACACCAAGAAGUGCAAGGUAUCUGAAUGUUCUCGAGCUGCAAGAUGUUUCAAUCACAAUUCUGCCAGAAGAAUUGUCAGGCUUGUUUAACUUGCGCUACCUUGGUUUGAGAAGAACAAAGAUCAAGCAGCUGCCACAAUCAGUUGACAAGUUGUUCAAUCUCCAAACACUUGAUAUUUACCUUACAAAUGUAGACAAGUUGCCAACUGGGAUCACCAAGCUGAAGAGGUUAAGGCACAUGAUUGCAGGAAAGUUGAGUGCUCCACUGUAUUGUGGAAUUGUUGAGAAGUCCAGAGGCGUUGAAGCUCCAAAGGUGGUAUGGCAGUCAAUGGAGCUGCAAACUCUUAAGGGUGUUCUUGCAAACAUGGAUCUUGUUGAACAUUUAGGGAACAUGACUCAAUUAAGAACAUUAACGAUCGAAGAUGUGGCCGAAGAACACUACCCCAAACUCUUUGCAUCCAUCAGCAAGAUGCGGUUUUUACGCACGCUGAAAGUUCUUUCAGCUGAAGGUAAUCAAGGUAUCAGCUUUGAAGCACUGAUCUCCCCACCAAAGAAUUUGCGCAAACUCCAUCUUACCGGAAGGCUUCAUCAGAGUGUGAUGGAGUCCAAUUUCUUUCAGACAGUUGGAGCUAAGCUCGAGGAGCUGUACCUUACAGGCAGUAGGAUGAACAUUGAUCCAUUGAUCUCCAUCUCCUCUCUCUCCAACCUGAAAACACUCCAGAUCGGAGACGCAUACGAUGGAGCGAGCAUCAUCUUUCGGAGUGGCUGGUUCCCCAAGCUGCACACACUGAUCAUGUGCAACAUGUUGAGCAUCAGUUCAAUGGUCAUGGAGCAGCAGACGAUGCAGAAUCUCCAGUGGCUUGCAAUGGUCAACUUACCUGAGCUCAAGGAGGUGCCUCAUGGCAUUGAGUUGCUCUUGACACUGCAGAAUUUGAUGCUGGUGAACAUGCAUGAUGAGUUCAGGGAGCGGAUACAGGGUGAGGACAAGUUGAGAGUCCAGCACAUUUCCACUGUCCGGUUCUUGGACAAGAGCAGAGGCAUUGAGAAACGCCUGUUUCAAGAUUCAUAA